AUGACCACCGACAGCUUCAUAAAUGCCCUGAGAAGAUUCUUCGCCAUCCGGGGCCCGGCCAAGCUUCUCCGCUCCGACAGAGGGACUAACUUCGUCGGUGCCUGCAAGGAGCUGGGCAUCGACACCGAAGGCUCACCAGUUACAACUUACCUCCAGAGCAGGGGGUGCUCCUGGGUCUUCAACCCGCCCCAUUCUUCGCAUAUGGGGGGGGCUUGGGAAAGACUCAUUGGCGUCGCCAGGCGCAUCCUGGAUGCCAUGCUGCUCCAGACCGGACACACUCGCCUGACACACGAGGUAUUGAGCACUCUUAUGGCCGAAGUCAUGGCUAUAAUGAACGCGAGACCCCUGGUGCCUGUGUCCUCCGACCCCAACGAGCCCACCGUCCUUACCCCGGCAAUGCUCCUGACCCAGAAGAUGAGCACCGUCUCCGCGCCCUCUGGAAACUUCCAGAUGGCUGAACUGCAUGGGAAGCAGUGGAAACACGUCCAGUGCCUCGCAAACACCUUCUGGAAGAGAUGGAGGAGAGACUACUUAUCUACGCUGCAGGGCCGCCGAAAGUGGACAGACGAAAGACCAAGCGUCAAGACCGGCGACGUCGUCUUGCUCAAGGACAGUCAAGCCCACAGGAACGAAUGGCCUGUGGGAGUGAUCGUCAACACGCUGCCGAGCCGGGACAAGAGGACCCGGAAGGUGGAAGUAAAGAUCGUGAGAGACGGAACUGUUAAAGUCCUUCUGAGACCCAUCUCAGAGAUCGUCGUUCUGCUUUCUGAUGAAAGCUAGAAGACCAUAUCCUUUUGAACCUUGAGUAUUUUGUGUUUAAAGUAAAUGUUUGUAGUGGCAUAUUUGUUAUACGCCAAGCGGGGAGUGUUCUGCCUUCCAUUUAAUUUCAUGCCUGAGUUUAGUAUGACUCCCGUAAAUCUUAUGGUGAAUACCGCCACCUAGUGGAUUUUCUCGCGGUACUGCGCCUUAAGCGCAAAUCUACUUCCUGGUCAGUUCCUGCCAGUGUUUCAAUUGUUUUCUGCCG